AAGAAUCAUAUUAAUAAUCCACGUACAAUAAACAGAGAUAACAACGUACAUCACGUUGAAUCCAUAGUCGGCGCCACUGGCCACUCAUCUAUCAAAGCCGUGAUCUCCACCGUGUUCUCCACAUCUAAUUAAGCUUGAUCACUAGCUAUUUCAUACCAAUUAAACUUUGAUCAUCUCUGUUCUUAUCACUCUCUUUCUCUCUUUAUAUAUAUAAGACUGUUCUUAAGGUUUAGGGCAUGCAAGCAAUUGAUCAGAUCGAUAUAUAAUAAUAUAUAUAUAUAGUUUUGCUUUGAGUAUUUUGGUGUUGAGAUAGGGAGAGAGAUGGAGAGGAAAGAAGAAAUGGUUUUGGCUAUGUUUGUAUUGUUGAGUUGGGGUAGUAGCUUCAUAGAAGCUGGCCUUCAAAUGGGGUUCUAUUCAAGCAGCUGCCCUCAGGCUGAAAUGGUUGUAAGAUCUGAGGUUAAUAUGGCGCUCAGAAAUGAUGUGGGAUUUGCUGCUGGACUUGUGAGGAUGCAAUUCCAUGACUGCUUUGUUAGGGGCUGUGAUGGGUCUGUUCUGCUUGAUUCCACCCCUACGAACAAAGCGGAAAAAGACUCGCCUGUGAAUAACCCAAGCUUAAGGGGCUUCGAGGUGAUCGAUAGAGUAAAGGCUAGACUGGAAGCUGCAUGUAAGGGAACUGUUUCCUGUGCUGAUAUUCUGGCUUUCGCUGCUAGAGAUAGCAUUGCAUUCACAGGUGGGUUUGGAUACCCUGUGCUUGGAGGAAGACGAGAUGGAAGGGUUUCUAUUUUGUCUGAGACGUUUUCGAACCUGCCAAGUCCAAAUUCCAAUCUCAGCCAACUCACCCAGAGCUUCGCCAACAAGGGAUUUUCUCAGGAUGAAAUGGUCACGCUCUCAGGAGCGCACACAAUUGGUCGGGCCCACUGCAAUACAAUCAGCAACCGACUCUACAACUUCAGCGCCACCAAUCAGUUGGACCCGUCUUUGGAACCAUCAUUGGCAACGCAGUUAAAACAACAGUGCCCACAAGGGAACAACGAUAAGAGCGCAGUGGUUCCAAUGAACCUACGCAGCUCAUACACAUUCGACUCGAGCUAUUACUCCAACGUAUUGGCGAUGCGCGGCCUGUUCACAUCCGAUGAAGCCCUAUUAACCGACCCGAUGACGGCUAAUCGGGUCAUGAUGAAUGCGUUCGAUAACUCCAUGUGGCAAAAUCAGUUCUCUCGUGCCAUGUUUAAGCUGAGCCAGCUUGGAGUGAUUACUGGGACUGGUGGAGAGAUUAGGCUUAAUUGCAGAGUUAUUAACUGAUUAAUUAGGAUAGUUAGGACAAAGUCAUUUGAAAGAGUAAAAUGUAAGUGCUAUUAA